AAACCAUGGCACCGAAAUUCAAAAAACAAAAAGCAACAUCAACACUGUCGCAAUUGCCAAUGGUGCACAAUAAACAAUCUGGAUCUGCACAAUGUAAAAUUGAUUUCAAGGCAAUUGAGAGAUUGUCGGAUAAUCGUGAAUCAUCUAUACCGGUUGUUCUUCCACCUGGAAUUAUAGUUAAAAAAAUCAGCACAUCAGUACCGGGAAUCGAAGAAACAUUCAACAGAGAAACAGUAUUGUCAUUUACGGGAUCACAACCAUCAACUGUAUUUCCCGGACAAGCAGUGCGCGUUGAAACCCAUGACAAAAGCGAAGAUACCAAAUGUAAUGCUUCUUCAUAUAACAAUCAGGACGCCCAACUACAAGAACUAGAUUCGUCUAUUCAGGAUAUUUCAAAUACAGCGGACAAUGAAGAUUUAUCAUCCAGUACUAUUGAGCGCCUCGUCAAGAUAGAAAAAAUGCUACAUGCCUCGAAUUUAUACCAUGCAACAAACAAGCGAUGCCUGUAUACACUCAUGAGAGAUAUGAAAAGUGUGAUAACCCACCUCGGCAAUGUUUCAAUUUCAACUGCGGGUAUCAAGAUGCCAGUUCUCAAUGAUGAAGAGUUGGCGAAUUUGGAAAAUUACUCGGAAACAGCUGAAGGAAAGGCAGUUUUGCGUCAACGAUUUGAAGGAGAGAACUCCGAAACUCUAUACAAUUAUUGCAGACAUUUCUCGGAGCAACUAUUUGAGCAUACGAGCUACACCACUUGGAGUGGAAAUACUGCUCACAAUGCUCGUAGUUUGAUACAACCGAAGCGAGCAUCGGAGAUGAAUCUUGUUCAAAUAUUACUUGAUGUGGCUCAGAAUAAAUUCUCCGUAGAAAGAAAAGAAGUGAACACAACGUUCAUCAGAGCUCUAAAAAAUUUGAACGAAACGCAAAAGGCACGCAAGCGACGACGUUAUGCGAAGGAUAUUACUUCAAACUCGGAACCAGUUCACUAACCCGAUUAACAAAUGUUCUA